ACCAGUCGAUUUUAAAGCGCUGUUGUACCUAACCCAUAUUAUCCACGUUUCAAUAUAGAAAAAUUUUGACGUGACUUUUUUUGUGUGCUACGAAUAUUUUUUAAUUGCAUCAGACAAAUUUAUCUUAGAAUCAUAUUUGUGUGUUAUUCUUCUGUAAAAAGGUGUGUGGAGAUCGCCAUGUUUGACUGAUGAGCCACGUCCUAACUUCAUGGCUGUCGAAUCUUGUUUAAAACAGUUGUUUUAAUACAAAAAUAAAAUAAAUAGUUUUCUUCUCAAAUUGAAUUGAAUAUCGUGACGAAAAAAAUUGUUCGAUCAUCAAUUAAAAAUGCCUUUACGUUUGGAUAUUAAGCGUAAAUUGACAGCGAGAUCGGAUCGAGUGAAAAGUGUCGAUCUUCAUCCAACAGAACCAUGGAUGCUUUGUUCUUUAUAUCAAGGCAAUGUAAAUAUUUGGAAUCAUGAAACGCAAACUUUGGUGAAGACCUUUGAAGUUUGUGAUUUACCAGUGAGAGCGGCGAAGUUUGUUUCGAGAAAAAAUUGGGUUGUCACUGGUUCCGAUGAUAUGCAAGUGAGAGUCUUUAAUUACAACACUCUCGAACGCGUACAUUCUUUUGAUGCACACAGUGAUUAUGUACGAUGUAUUGCCGUACAUCCAACGGCACCUUGUAUACUUACCAGUAGUGACGAUAUGUCAAUAAAACUAUGGAACUGGGAGAAAUCAUGGCUUUGCCAGCAAAUAUUCGAAGGUCACACGCACUACGUCAUGCAAAUAGUAUUCAAUCCAAAGGAUAACAAUACCUUUGCAAGCGCAUCAUUGGAUAGAACAGUAAAAGUUUGGCAAUUGGGCUCAUCGACUGCCAAUUUCACUCUCGAGGGUCAUGAGAAAGGUGUGAAUUGCGUCGAUUAUUAUCACGGUGGCGAUAAACCGUAUCUAAUAUCAGGUGCCGAUGAUAAAUUCGUCAAAAUAUGGGACUAUCAAAAUAAAACUUGCGUACAAACAUUGGAGGGACAUACGCAAAAUAUUUCCGCCGUUUGCUUUCAUCCUGAAUUACCAAUUGUUCUCACUGGCUCGGAGGAUGGAACUGUGCGUAUAUGGCACGCGGGUACCUAUCGUUUGGAGUCGUCACUGAAUUAUGGUUUCGAGAGAGUUUGGACAAUUGCAUGUUUAAGAGGUUCGAAUAAUGUGGCAAUUGGUUAUGAUGAGGGCAGUGUUAUGGUGAAAGUUGGCCGCGAAGAGCCGGCAGUAUCGAUGGAUUCGAUGGGCGGUAAAAUUGUUUGGGCAAGACACAGCGAAAUUCAACAGGUGAAUUUAAAGGCACUUGGCGAGGAAAUAAUGGAUGGCGAACGUUUACCAUUGGCAGUGAAGGAUAUGGGAGCUUGUGAAAUUUAUCCUCAGACGAUUCAACAUAAUCCCAAUGGUCGAUUCCUUGUUGUUUGUGGCGAUGGGGAAUAUAUUAUUUACACGUCGAUGGCAUUAAGAAAUAAGGCCUUUGGUCAGGCUUCGGAAUUUGUAUGGGCUGCCGAUUCGAGUCAGUAUGCGGUUCGUGAGAGCACCACGACUGUUAAGGUUUUUAAAAAUUUCAAGGAGAAGAAGACUUUUAAGCCCGAUUUUGGAGCCGAUGGAAUCUUUGGCGGUUUUAUGCUGGGAAUAUCAUCUGGAUCGGGCCUAUCGUUUUACGAUUGGGAUAGUUUGAAAUUAGUGCGUCGCAUUGACAUUCAACCGACACAUGUUUACUGGGCGGAAAAUGCAUCCCUCGUUGCACUGGCGACAACUGAUCAGUACUUUAUUCUCAAAUAUCACGCAGACGUUGUUGCAAAUGCGCCGGAAAAUGCAGAGGACAUUGAAGAUGCUUUCGAGAUGGUGGCCGAGAUGAACGAAGUUGUAAAAACUGGUCUCUGGGUUGGCGACUGCUUUAUUUACACGAAUAGCGUAAAUAGAGUAAACUACUUCGUCGGUGGUGAAGUUGUCAUCGUCUCACAUCUCGAUAGGCCAAUGUACUUGCUGGGCUAUGUGCCGAGAGACAACAGAUUAUAUCUCUGCGAUAAAGAACUCUCAAUUGUUUCCUAUUCCCUAUUGCUCUCCGUUCUUGAAUAUCAAACGGCGGUAAUGAGGAAAGAUUUCGAAACAGCCGAUCGAGUCCUUCCAACCGUUCCCAAAGAACACAGAACUCGUGUCGCACACUUUUUAGAAAAGCAGGGCUUUAAAGAACAAGCGCUCGCCGUGUCGACAGAUCCAGAGCACAGAUUCGAAUUGGCGCUUGCAUUGGGAAAUCUUGAGACGGCAUUGACACUCGCAAAAGAGGCGAAUAGUCAACAAAAAUGGCGACAAUUGGCAACGCUCGCCACACAAAAGGGCAAAUUGCAAUUAGCACAAGAGUGCUUGCAUCAAGCACAAGAUUUUGGUGGUUUACUAUUAUUGGCAACAAGUACGGGAAAUGCGAAUAUGAUUGAAAAAUUGGGUAAUGCUGCUAAUGAAACGGGAAAAAAUAAUAUUGCAUUUUUAUCGAAAUUUCUACUUGGCGAUGUCGAUGAAUGCUUAGAGAUUCUUAUAAAGACAGAUAGAAUUCCCGAGGCUGCAUUUUUUGCACGCGCCUAUGCGCCUAGUAAAAUUUCAUCCAUCGUUAAAAUAUGGAAGGAAAAACUCUCGGCAGUCAGUGAAAAGGCUGGUCAAAGUUUAGCCGAUCCUGAACAAUAUGAAAAUCUCUUCCCCGGCUAUCGAGAGGCACUUAAUGUUGAACAAUACGUGAGAGAGAAGAGUCAGAAGAAAAUUCCCGCUUCCGCUUUUCCUUCUCUCAAGUUGAACACUGAACGCAAUCCUUACGAGGAAAUGAUGUCGUCAGACGUUACAAAUAGAAUGACGAAUUUAAGUAUUAAUAAAACGGAAGUUCUGGAAGAGAAGCAAAUCACCAAUAAGUCUCUUGUUGACGAUGACGAUCUGGAUCUCGAUUUGGAUUUAGACGAGAACAUCGACACUAGUGAUGUAAAUCUAGAUGAUGAUCUUCUGGUGGACGACUAGUGAAUUAACGAUUCCGUCAAUAUUCAUCCUGUCCACAUGAAGACCACGAAUUUUUUUUUUUACAUAUAGGAAAAGAAAAUAAUUGUAAAUCAUUCCUUACGGGAAAAAACGGUCUUAAAAGAAACAAAUAAGUAAAGUAUUACACGAGUGUAAAAUUUUACGCGCAUAUGAUUGUUCGUAUUCCACAUUUUCGUAAGUUAUUAAAUAUUAUUAUUAUUAUUAUUAUUAUUAUUACAUAAUCUUUAUAAAGAAAAGAAAAACCGCAAAAAAUUGUAAUUAAAAAAAUUGAAAAAAAUAUAUUGUUAAUAUAAUAUUACAGAAAGGGAAUGAGAUGGAAUUAAAAUCCUUUUUCUCUUUUAAGGAAAAAAAAAUAGAAAAUUUGUAUUUGUAUAUGUAAAGAUUUUUUUUUCUCGGAAAAUCGAGAAAAUUUUUCUUUAUAUACAUAAUACUAAUCGCUGUAAUUAGUGUGCGCGCUUAAUUUAGUGAAGGGUGUAGGCGUUCACGGUGAACGGAGGUCGAGAAAACAGAGCAUUUAGCACGAGCCGCAUACGUGACCGUCGAGACGUGCGUGUAUUCAGGCAAAAUAUAUUAUUCUUUUAAAAUCCCUUUUCGACUCGAAUAUUGAGAGAGUGAGAGAGAGAGAGAGAGAGAGAGAGAGAGAGAGAGAGAGAGAGUAUAUGAAUACUGCGUUUCGAAA